AUGAAAGACCAAGGUGUUCUGCUGGAUGUUUAUGCGUAUAAUGUGCUUAUGGACGGAAUGACCAAAUCUGGUAGAUUCGUGGAUGCAAAAGAAAUAUUUCAGAUGCUUCAAACCAAAGGGUAUCCUCUAACUAUUCCUUCAUACGAUACCAUGAUCCAUGCCCUUUGUAAAGAGGAUUUCCUCGAUGAAUCAUUGGGAUUAUUUUCAGAAAUGGAAGUCAGGGAUUGCCUUCCCGACGCUAUAACUUUUGAUAUUAUUAUUCGCACCCUACUAGAUAAAGGAGAGAAAGUUAAGGCGGCUGAGUUUAUUCACAUUAUGAAUGAGAGAUUUGGUAUAUUGAAUAGGUAUGAAAUUGGAAAGUUGGUAGGGAAAGUUAAUCUAGGAGCUUCUUCGGGUGUUCUCGAGCAAUUUAACGAGUUGAGUGCUAUCACAGUAGGCCCCAGCAAGACGCCAAAGCGGAUCCUCAAUUCCAACCAGCGUAUGCGGGCUAUCAUACUGCAGAGUUUGGAGGAAGGGGCUGAUGAUGAUGGUGGCAGUGGCAAUGGAGAUGCAAUUCAUGGUGGAGGUGGCCCUAACAAGAAGAAGAAAUGA